AUGUCGUCGCGGCUGUGCGUGAAGAACCUGCCCAAGGGCGCCGACGAGAGGCGCCUGCGGGAGGUGUUCUCGCGGAAGGGCGAGGUCACCGACACCAAGGUCAUCCGAACAAAGGAUGGCAAGAGUCGGCAAUUUGCAUUCAUUGGUUACAGAACCAAUGAAGAGGCAGAGGAGGCACUCAAGUAUUUCAACAAUACAUACAUUGACACUUGUAAGAUCACCUGCGAGGUUGCCCGAAAGAUUGGUGACCCUGAUGCUCCUCGCCCCUGGAGCCGCCAUUCUUUGAAGAAGCCAGAAUAUGGUAGUAAAGACAAGAAUAAUGCUGGAGUUGUUGAUGCACUGCCAAAAGGUUCCAAGGCCCAAGGAACAUCAGCUCAUGCUAGUGGUUCUAAAGGCAGUGUAGCCAAUGAUCCCAAGUUCCUGGAGUUCCUUGAAGCUAUGCAGCCCCGUUCUAAAGCCAAGAUGUGGGCGAAUGAUACAGCUGCUACUCUUGACACCGCUGCAAAAGAUAGCGUAGUAGCCACUAAAGAAUCUAAGGGACCUCUCAAAAAUGUUCCAGCCUCUGAGAAUGAUUCAUCUUCUGAAGACGCCUCUGAUGAGGAAAUGGCAAAUGAUCCGUCUUCCGAAAAUGCUUCGGAGGAGCUACGGACAGAGAAUAAACAAGACAAGAAUAUGACUGAUGCAGAUUUCUUCAAGAGUAAAGUGAAGAAAAAUUGGUCAGAUUCUGAAUCAGAUGAUGAAGGUUCUGGUGACCAGUCAAAUACCACCACUGACGAUGAAGACUCGUCAGAUGAAUCACAAGAUGCUGAUAACCAGUUGGCGGAUCUGAAGGGCAAUCUGGACAAGAAAAACGUUGUGGACAAGGACACUCUUGUGGAGAAUACCGACUUGCAAGAGAUGGAAGAUCUUGACAACAAAGAGAGUGAAGACCUUGAUGGCAGACGAAGAGAAACUGAAAUUCGUGAAGAUCAAGAAAAGGAAGAUGAAAAUGGUGCUCCAAUUACUGAUGAAAAGAAGUUAGCCCUGGAGACUGGUCGUCUAUAUAUCUGCAACCUUCCAUAUGCAACCAGUGAAGAUGAUUUAGUGGAGCUGUGCUGCCAAUAUGGUGAUGUGGAACAGGCACAUAUUGUUGUCGAUAAAACCACAAAGCUCUCAACUGGUAGAGGCUAUGUGCUUUUUAGCCUUCCAGACUCAGCAGUCAGGGCACUUGAUGAACUAGAUAACUCAAGCUUUCAGGGCCGAGUGUUACGUGUUAAGGCUGCUAAACCGCUAAAUAAUAAUAAGUUGGAGUCUAAUCAUGAAACUGUUGUCGAGAAAAUGAGUCUCAAGCAGAAAAGGUUGGAACAAAAGAAAGCUUCUGAGAUCAGUGGGGAUACGAGAGCAUGGAACAGCUUUUAUAUGCGUCAAGAUACUGUUGUUGAAAACAUUGCAAGGAAGAAUGGUAUCAGUAAGAGUGAGUUACUUGAUAGAGAAGCGGAUGACCUUGCCGUUCGUAUUGCUCUUGGUGAGACACACGUCAUUGCAGAGACUAAGAAAUUUCUAUCAAGGUCUGGAGUUAAUGUUGCUGCAUUGGAAGAACUUGCUUCUAAAAGAAACGAGAAGUUCAAAAGAAGCAAUCAUGUGAUAUUAGUAAAGAAUUUGCCAUUUAAUUCUACUGAGGAAGAACUCACAGCAAUGUUUCAGAAACAUGGUAGUUUGGAUAAAAUCAUUCUACCUCCAACAAGAGUAUUUGCCUUGGUAGUCUUUGUUGAAGCAACUGAAGCCCGACACACAUUCAAAAAAUUACUAUAUACGCGAUACAAGGAUACUCCUCUGUAUUUGGAGUGGGCACCUGAAAACAUAUUAUCUCCUACCUCAGCUCCAGUGGAUGAGGAAGAAAAGAAUGAAGUUGGCGAGCGUAUUGUUACUAAAUCUAAUAUAGAGCAAACUGUCGAAGGAGUAAGCGCUGAAGAGAUUGAUCCAGAUAGGGUGGAGUCACGAUCUGUGUUUGUCAAGAACUUAAAUUUCAAGACAACAGAUGAAUCGUUGAAGCAGCAUUUCAGUACAAAGCUAAAGAGUGGCAGUCUUAAAAGUGCAACGGUGAAGAAGCAUGUUAAGAAGGGCAAGACUGUUUCAAUGGGAUUUGGUUUCGUUGAGUUUGACUCUGUUGAAACUGCAACAGGUGUGUGCAAGGAUCUACAGGGAACGGUUCUGGAUGGACAUGCUUUGAUCUUGCAACUGUGUCAUGGGAAGAAAGAUGGUCAAGCUGCAAAGAAGAAUGGCAAGGAUAAAAGUUCAACAAAACUGCUUGUGCGUAAUGUAGCAUUUGAAGCAACUGAGAAGGACUUGAGGCAGUUAUUUAGUCCGUUUGGCCAGAUCAAAAGUCUCAGGUUGCCUAUGAAGUUUGGAAGUCACAGAGGUUUUGCAUUUGUCGAAUAUGUCACAAAACAAGAGGCCCAGAAUGCUCUACAAGCCCUCGCAAGCACUCAUCUCUAUGGUCGCCACCUGGUGAUUGAGCGGGCAAAGGAAGGAGAGACUCUUGAAGAACUGCGAGCAAGAACGGCUGCACAGUUUGUGGAUGAACACAGCGGUUUCCAGAGCUUGUCGAGAAAGAGGAAACAGAGCAGUCUUGUGGACGAUGGCUCUGUUAAAAUUUCAAGAAUAGUAGAGUGA